CGUAAUAUCAACUCGGUUCGAUCUAGUUCUAUCCAUUUUGUAGAAACUCAUUGUUGGUAUUUUAAAAAUGAGCUAUCUGGAUGACCUUUUCCGUUAUGUUGGCGGAUGCAGACUAUCUGGUUUAAAUCCGCACACUAGAUGUGAUGAGUUGUUGAAAACGUAUGAUUUCACUCAAUAUCAGUCCCUGUCGCAUUCACUUUUUACCUCCCAUUAGAUUCUUCAGUUCCAGUAUAUUCUUUCAUACAUACCCUUUCAUCCUGUUUUUUCCAACUAUACUUUCAAUACUCAAUUUUUCUCAUUUUCAUUUUUAGUACGAUUAUUUUGAUCUCUUAAAAUUCAUCAAACCGUAUCAAUGCAGUAUGACUACAUAUUUGUGUCAGACUGUACGUUGUUUAUGAAUAAGUUUUAAAAAGAAAACACUAAUUCUCGAAAUUGGCAACAAAUAUGUAGGCGUCCGUGCCAUCGAUCGAGCCAAAGUUGUUGAAACAUUGAACUCACCUUCUGAUGAAAAUAAUGAAUGGUCUCAUAUGAAUCCAGCUAUGUCUUACGAUGAGAAACAGAAUGUUCCAAAACAUGCUGCUCGUAGUUCUUUGUAUAAAGUAAAUGAAAAUAAGAAUACUUCUGGAAUUCCAUUUACAAAUGACAAUAACAGACGAGUUGACAAUACUCAUAUUCCAUAUGAACCACCAACAUAUUGUCGAGCACAUAUUACAUCUGAAAAUAUGGAUAUGGAAUGUCAAUAUAAAGAGGGUCAUUUAGACAGGAAUUAUAUACACACCAGUUGGAAUUGUUUUGUCAAUACUUCACAAAUUCAAUACUUGCCCAUACCGGAAGCAAAAAUGGAACAAAUAUCUGAAAAAGCUCAUCAAAAAAUACAUCGUGGUCUACGUGAAGCAUGUUUAGCUAUAGGGAUUGUAUUUUCAACAAUAUGUUUAUUUUGUAUUGAAUUAUUACGUAUGAUCACAUUAACUUUAUUUAAACCAUUUUUACAAUAUUUACGUUUUUUAUUACAUAUUAUUAUUAAUUGUUUUUGUGAUAUCAAUUAUAUAUGUAGUGCACAUUGGGAAAGGUUUAUUUAUCCAAUCAUUAGUUCAUGGGCUACAUAUUCACAAGAUGUAAUUGUUCCUGUAAUACGUGAAUUUCGUCCAAUUCAAAUUAAUAUACAAUCAAAACCAAUAGAAAAUCAUACAAUACAACAAUGUUAAUUGAAUAUUAAUAAUAAUAAUAAUAAUAAU